AUGUCCAUCACUGAAAUUGAGGACGAUUAUAAUAUCCAGGAGGCGUGGAAUAGGGCAUGUGGAGCGUUCGCGCAGACGGCCAAGGUCGAUCUCACGACGUCUCCAAAAUUCACGGUUGACGAAGUUCUGGAUCAAAUACGCACAAAGCAGGACGAAGAUGAUGAGAAACAUAACAAAUUCAGGGUCGCCAAAGAUGUCAUUGGCAAGACCCUGAAGUUUAUCACUGUGCUGGGUGGCAUUGCUGCCCAGGGUGCGAGCAUGGUCUUUGCUCCUAGUAGUCUCUGCUUCAAUGCAAUUUCAUAUCUAAUCUCUACCGGUGCCAAAUACAAGCGCAUCUUCAGCAGUCUAGCUGAGCUUUUCCGGCGCGUCUCCGAUGUAUUAGAGCGAUGCAAAAUCUAUAUGCGUUUGCCGCCUGACGCUGUCGAUAUAUCGCUACGAAAGAUUAUCAAUGAGGAGCUUGUUUGCUUCGUUGAAAUCUGCGCGUUAUCCAUUAGGGUUCUGAAAGGGAACAAAAUCCUUACCGCACUUAAGGUCUUUGCCUUCGACAGUGACGAGGGCGUCAAUGGCCAAUUGGGUCGUCUCGCUCUAUUGGCUGAGCGUGAGUCCCAGAUGCGAGCGACCUUGGGAUUUGAGUCGCAGAAGAUCAGCGAGAGGGCAGUUGCCGAGACGAGAGAUGGAACGAAGAAGGUUACUGCAUCAGUUGAUAAACUUCUUACGUUCGAGAAGAAGCGAGAUGCCGAUAAUGCGACGCAGCGACUAUUGAACAGCAUUGAUGCAAAUCUCGACAUGCCUAGCGAAGCAUACAAAGCGGUCCAAGCUGCCUAUAAGCGUUACUUGAAUGAACAGGUGCCCAUGAGUGGAGAAUGGCUCAAAGAAGAUCCUACAUAUACUGCUUGGACGAGAACUGAGCAGCAAAGGUGUUCAAUUUUGGGCAUCUCUGGGGCCGAGGGCUACGGCAAAUCAUUCCUUUUUGCGGCCAUGCUUAAACAACUGCAAGAUAUGUACUCUGAGAGCAAGGACGAUCUUAAAUAUACUUCGAUUUCCUACUUCAUCUUUGACCAGGACAAGAAAGCUACAUCCCUCAUCAAGGCCCUGGAAGUUCUCGCAUGGCAGAUCGCUAAAGCAGACAUGGUGUAUCGCAGAGAUCUGGGCACCAUCAAGACUGCCGGUACAAACCAAAUCGAGAGCCUUUGUGAACAAUUAUUUGGCAAAUCUCACAAGAGCGACUCGACGUUCUUCUUGUUGCUUGACGGUAUCGAUCAGGUAGACAAGCAGCACUUGAAAGAAUUCAUACAAGUUCUUGGAGCGUGGCAAGCAGCAGCUCCAAGUUGGUCCCAAUUUACUCUUCGAGUUUUUCUCGCUGGACGGACCGAAGCGAUGAACAAGAUCAAUACCGAGCUUGGUGAUGGUAUCUCCGUGAUUGAUGUAGCAUCGAAGAAUAAGGAUGACAUGACCAAGUUCAUCAAAAACCGUAUAAACAAGAUGGAAAUUCUUAAUGGGGCGUCUGAGCAAAUAUAUGCUCUACGCAGUGAGAUCUUGGAAACCCUCACGAAAGAAACAAAUGGUGAUUUUGUCAACGUUGGCCUACUCUUGGAUGAAAUCAGCGGUAAACAACGUCCAGGCGAAAUUCGCGAUAUUCUGUCCCGCUCGGGAGAAGACCGAUCUGAUACUAUUGUCAGAAAGAUAGAGUACCUCAACGAAACUCUCAGCGAUGAAGAUAUCUCUGAUUUGAACGAUCUCUUGACAUGGGUCGUUCAUGCCGCCCGCCCACUGACUCUUGAGGAGCUCGAGGCGGUGCUUUAUCUGAAAUCCCGGGAGUCAUCUCUUCGGCCUUUGGCAGAAAAGAUCAGGGAUCAGUAUUCGUCGCUUCUUCAUAUCGCCGCAGCACGAGUUUAUCUGAUUUCCGAUUCGAUAGCGACAUUUUUGCGCGAAAAGUCAGAUUCGGAGAACAACAAUGAUAGCGAAAGUCUUGAUGAUACCGGUGAUAUCAGUGAGGGUGAAGUGAGAAUUGUACGGCGAUUCUUGGAAUCCGUCUGUGACCCCAAGUUGUUUAAGAAAUUUGGAUUUGAAGAUUUCUUCGAACGAAAACUCAAGGGGAAGACCGCUCGUAUUGGGAUAGAUAACGAAACGGCAAACUUUAAGAUCGUAUCGGCUUGCCUAGAGGUUAUAUGUUCAAAAGACUCUCCCGAGUCGGACAAUUUACUCGAAUAUGCGGUCAGCUUUUUCAGUGAACAUCUUAAGUUAGCAGAUCCUUCUUUGACACACCCAGGCCUCAAGAUGGUCUUGGGUCCACAAUUGGUAAAUACUUUUGCCGAAGACGAAAUUAUUGACAGAUGGUGGAGUCUGGCUAGCGAAUGGUUGCGGUCCGAAUGGAUUUACCAGGAUGAAAAUGCAGAAGUGACAUUAAAAUGGCUACAAGACUCCGCGGUCACUAAGAAUAUUUCUGAGACGCAGAGAAGAUGGGUCAAGAGUUUGAGCUCCAAGUCGGAGUUGGAUGCUGAUAUUCUUGAGCACGUUGGGAAGGCCCUUGCUCGAAGAUGGCUUCAAUCUGGGCUGUCGGGCGUUGCAUUCAUGUUUGAUGCCGUGUACGGAUACGUCACGAAGAUUGAAAAUCGCAAAGACCCAAGCAUUGAGCGUUCCACGCGCGAUUCAGACAUGGGUGAGAUUCAAGCUGCUCAGAUAUUCCAUGCUGCAGAAUGGGCCCAGAAGCAGAUCGAAUUACAGACUUUAGGCUAUGAAGAAAGUCGCAAUUUGGCCCGUACUCUACGUGACUACGGCCAGUAUGAUGAAGCCAUUGAACAAUUCAAGCACACGGCCACUCUGUCGGCAAAUAAUUGGUUUUCACAAUGGGGACUGGCAGACUGCCAUGCUUCUAAGAAAGGGUUCACUGUGGCCAUAGAGAUUCUGGAAGCCGCAAAAAGAGGAAUUGAAGCACGGGAGAUUGGAAAUCCUGACGAGCUUGAAGAGGAGUUGGUGGAAAUGGAGCGCGACCUGGCUGAAUGGAAUAAGGAGAUUGGCCAGAGUGAAAAGGCGCUUGGGAUAUACCACAAACUUUUACAAGACAAGCCCGAGGACUACGAUACGGUCUUGGAGCUCCUGAAGCUACUGCAUAAGCAAGGGCAUCGCCAGGGUCUGCUUGAAUUCUUUGAGUCUCUGAAACAUUCCACAGAUGCGUGGAGCGGCUUUAGUCGGCGAACCCAGAGCAUCCACGCGCAUUACUACCGUGAUGAGUACCAUGAUGCCCUUUUUGCAUCAGUAGCCAACGAAGAGGAGUUCCAAAUUAUUUUUGAAGGCUACGAAGAGGCCAUCUCCGCUGCUAAAGUAACGCUCGCCAAGGGAAGAAAGGCUGGCAAUGCUCAACAGGAGUGGGGUGCACAAAUUUGCCAGAUUGAUCUCAUGAAUCGCUUGGCUCUUCUUUGCCAGGAAAAUAGCGCUCAGAAGCCCGAGCGGACAGCUUACGCAAUUGAUCAAUGGCUGCGUAUUUUGGAAAUCAAUGGAACUGACGACGCCCUUAUUGUGGAAAGACAGGCAAUGGUCCGAACGAAUCUCGCUCUUGUCUGUUUCGAAAACGCGAGCAAGAAUCCAGACACCGCGACACAUUAUUUGAAGCAUCUGGAGUCUAUCGCUGCCUCAAUACAUGCGGAUGAUUUCGGAGAGUGGCUUCAUAAAAUGUAUCCGACACGAAUUCUUGCUCGGUACCACGCUCUACAAGGGGAGGAUACGAAAGUUAAAGAUUUGCUACGCGGUUCUAUCAAAAUGAAUCUCGACUUGCUUUCGGAUGAUGAUCCCUUGAAUGAUUGGCAAGGGUAUCGUCUUCUGGCUAUUAAUCUUAUGUUUGCUGGCCAGGAGGCCGAUGCGCUCGCUGCGUGGUCCUUAAUCGGCCCAAAUGAAGAUAUCGAUGAUGAGGGAGCAAAGGACACAGGGAAUUCAAAUGAGUCCGGAACAGACAGAGCGGAACCUGAAGGGCCUCUCGCAGAUUAUUGCGACGGUCAAUGUGGGACCCAAUGGACGUACGCAAAUAAUUUCCACCUGUGCAGAAACUGUAAUUACGUCUCGUUUGAUUCCGCUUGUUUAGAGAGCCUGCGAAACCAAACCCUGAAGCCGAAAGUCUGUAACAAAGAUCAUGAAGUUUUGUUCAUUCCAGCCUACGAUCCAGUUGAACGCCAGAGGAUUGGAGCAGGCAAUGUGAAGGUUGGCGAAGAAGUUGUGUCAAUCGCGGAGUGGCUCGGGGGCAUCCGUAAGGAUUGGGGGAUUAAGGAACUCUAA